UAAAGAUUGCUUUAGAUGUUUUUAAUGAAAAUUUAAAAACCCCAAAUCAAAUUUUUGUACGCCGUGAUGAUGUUAAUGUCACUGCUUUGGAUUUGCUUAACGCGAAUGUUCGUGGUUCCAUCACUGAAAAUGGUAUUCGUAACAAUAUAUCAGUUGGUCUUACUUAUAUUGAUUCGUGGCUUGGAGGUCUAGGUUGCGUACCAAUUAAUAAUCUUAUGGAAGAUGCUGCUACCGCUGAAAUUUCACGAUCACAAUUGUGGCAAUGGGCGAAACAUGGAUCUCGCACUGCUGAUGGCAAAAUUAUCACUGCAGAAUACUUGCUUAAACUUCUUGAUGAAGAACUUGCAAAAUUGGAAAAGCAAUUGGGUCAUCAAAAAUUUGCUGCAAGCAAAUAUGGAUUAGCAAAACGCUAUUUGGCGAGUCAAAUUACCGGCAAGGAAUAUUCCGAAUUUUUGACUACACUAUUAUACGAUGAAAUUACAAGUGUUUAUAAUAGAGCUAAACUUUAA